AUGUCUCUCGCCCGCCUUCAGUCCACUGGUGAGGAAAAGGAGGAGCUUGAAGCCCAAGUGGAUUGGGACUUAACCAAAUCAUUGCCGGCGGAGCUGCUACGCGACAUAUUCUACAUCCUUGCCGAGAGCGAUCCAGCACGCCUGAUGGAAACUCAAAAGGCCGCUUCUGAAGCGCUUGUUUACGGCAGUCCCCUCCAUAACGUCGGCCUGUCUUCCUCCGGGCGACUUCGAGGCUGGUUUGUUGUUGCGCACGUUUGCGCUCGCACAACUGUCUCUUUGGAACAUCGUUGA